AUGGUAGGAAUCGCUGUUGUGGACGGUGUUAUACUAUGUGUGGUAGGAAUCACUGUUGUGGACGGUGUUAUACUAUCUGUGGCAGUAAUCAUUGUUGUGGACGGUGUUAUACUAUCUGUGGUGGGAAUCACUGUUGUGGACGGUGUUAUCCUAUCUGUGGUAGGAAUCACUGUUGUGGACGGUGUUAUACUAUCUGUGGUGGGAAUCACUGUUGUGAUCGGUGUUAUAGUAUCUAUGGUAGGAAUCACUGUUGUGGACGGUGUUAUACUAUGUGUGGUAGGAAUCACUGUUGUGGACGGUGUUAUCCUAUCUGUGGUAGGAAUCACUGUUGUGGACGGUGUUAUACUAUCUGUGGUAGGAAUCACUGUUGUGGACGCUGUUAUCCUAUCUGUGGUAGGAAUCACUGUUGUGGACGGUGUUAUACUAUCUGUGGUAGGAAUCACUGUUGUGGACGGUGUUAUACUAUCUGUAGUAGGAAUCACUGUUGUGAUCGGUGUUAUAGUAUCUAUGGUAGGAAUCACUGUUGUGGAUUGUGUUAUACUAUUUGUGGUAGUAAUCACUGCUGUGAACGGUGUUAUACUAUGUGUGGUAGGACUCACUGCUGUGGACGGUGUUGUACUAUCUGUGGUAGGAAUCACUGUUGUGGACGGUGUUAUACUAUGUGUGGUAGGACUCACUGCUGUGGACGGUGUUAUACUAUCUGUGGUAGUAAUCACUGUUGUGGACGGUGUUAUGCUAUCUGUGGUAGUAAUCACUGUUGUGGACGGUGUUAUACUAUCUGCGGUAGUAAUCACUGUUGUGGACGGUGUUAUGCUAUCUGUGGCAGUAAUCAGUGUUGUGGUCGGUGUUAUACUAUCUGUGGUAGGAAUAACUGUUGUGGUCGGUGUUAUACUCUCUGUGGCAGUAAUUAUUGUUGUGGACGGUGUUAUUUUAUUUGUGGUAGUACUCAUUGUUGUGGUUGGUGUUAUAUUAUCAGUGGCAGUAGUCAUUGUUGUGGACAGUGUUAUACUAUCUGUGGCAGUAAUCAGUGUUGUGGACAGUGUCAUACCAACUGUAGUAUUAAUAAUUCUUGUGGACGGUGAUAUACAAACUGUGGCAUCAAUCACUGUUGUGGUCGUUGGUAUACAAACCGUACUGUCUAUCACUCUUGUGAUCGUCUGCAUGCAAAUUUUUCGAAUAUUUUCUCUUGUACUUGUUGGUGUAAUCACUGUAGUACUAGUGAUUGUUGUGGACGGUGUUAUACCAACUGUAGUAUCAAUAACUGUUGUGGACGGUGCCAUACCAGCUGUAGUAUCAAUCACUGUUCUGGUCGGUGUUAUAACAACUAUAGUGAAUCAUAAUAACAGGUGA